AUGGUGGCAGACGAUGCACAGUCUGGAGAAGACGGCAGGCAUGGCUCACAACAUGGGAGGCCUACUAACCCGUCCUUGCCUGGGGCCCCGCGCCGCGCGAUCCGGCCGCUCCUACUGCUUAUCGCUCUGGUCACCCUCGCUUGGAGUCUGUAUCAACUUCCAGUCAGCCGUGUGGUCGAGAGCCGCCUAUGCCACGAUUACUAUGCGGCCCACGAUCCCUCGGUGCUGCCGCCGGCUGGGAAUGUUCCCGAGGAGUUGUGCAAGCUGGAUGAGGUGCAGCAGCAGCUCGGCCGCAUCCAGGGAGUCAUGGACGCGAUGUGGGUGGCCGGCGACUUCGUCAUGACAAUACCUCUUGUUUCGCUAGCUGACCAUUACGGAUAUCGCUUCGUGUUGUGUCUCAACCUCGUUCCACGUAUCUUCCUCCUGGGUUGGACGUUUAUGGUGGGCUACUUCGAUCAGGCCCUUCCGGUGAAUGCCAUUCUGGCUGCGCCUGCCCUGUCUUUUCUCGGGGGCGACUGUGUCUUUAACUCUGUGGUGUAUUCCCUCAUUGCCGAUCUCACCGAUGAUCAUAUUCUUCGGGCGACCUUCUUUGGAUAUGCAAAUGCCAUCUCCUCAAUCUUCUCUCUCCAGCUUGGUCCCGCCCUCGCUUCGGCAAUCAUGACCACCCUGCUAUGGCUCCCGCUGUGGCUCGGACUCUUCAGCUUGCUCCUCGCGAUCCCCGUUAUAUCCAUGCGCCCUCCAGCGAUUGGACAUCAGGCACAUCAAGAGGCAGCAUGUCAAGAUCCCACGGACACCGUCAAUACUCCUCUGCUCUCCUCCUCUGCCCGUCUCAUACGCCGAACAAACCUGCACUCACUAACCGCCAGCCGCUUUCACACCAUCCUCGCAAUCCUCACCAAGCCCUCCCGCAACUUCCUCCUCCUCCUGGCCUGCUUCUUCCUCGCCUCCUUCGCAAGCUCCGACACCAAGCUCCUGCCCCUGUACAUCUCCAAACGCUACCACUGGAAGUUUUCCUCAGUUGGUUACCUCCUCUCCCUGAAAGCGCUCUUCAACUUUUUCCUCCUCUCCUUCCUCAUUCCACGCGUAGUCCGCUGGCGCAGGCGGCGGCGCUCAUCACCCCACCCCGAAGCCCAAGCCCAAGCCCAAGCCCAAGACAACAACAGCAUCCCAGAAACUGCCGCCGACAAAGAAACCAUCACGCACGCCCACGUCUGCCUGGUCUUCUCCGUCCUCGGCGCGCUGGCCAUCGCCCUGGCGCCGACGGCCUGGGCCCUGGUGCCGAGCCUGCUGCUGUACGCCCUGGGCAUUGCCCUGCCCAUGUUCACCUACUCACUGCUGAGGUCGCCCAGCAUGGCGCUGCAACACCAGCAAGCCAGGGACAGAGGCAGCGGGCCGGGAACGCAACUUUUUUCGGUGGUCAUGCUGGUCCGGACGGCGGGCACGCUGUUGGGCGCCGUGGCCAUGCCCUCUUUGUGGGUCGCGGGUUUGAGUGUGGGCGGGGUGGCUUUGGGGUUGCCGUAUGGCGUCAGUGCGGUUUGUUAUGCCGUGGCGGGAGUUGUUGUGAAGAAGAUCAGGGUUGGUUGA